CAACUUUGACCCUUUCCCAGGCUUUCUAGGUGACCCCCAGGGAGAAGACAGCACCCCAUGGGAGCCAGAGAUGUCUGUGGGUUUAGCAAUGCAGGUGGUUCCUCCUGUCUCCCCAGGGCAUGAACCCUCACCUGCGGAUCAACGGGCCCAUGAACAUCAACCACUACGCCACCAAGAAGAGCGUGGCCGAGAGCAUGCUGGACGUGGCGCUCUUCAUGGCCAACGUCACCCAGCUCAAAGCUGUGCUGGAGCAGGGCACGUCCUUCCAGUACUAUGCCACCCUCAUCGUGCUCAUCAGCAUCUCCCUCUUCUUCCAGGUGAUGAUUGGCAUUCUCCUCAUCGUCACGGCUCGUCUGAACCUGAACGACAUCGCCAAGCAACCCCGCCUGAACAUCCUCAACAACGCUGCCACAGCUCUCAUCUUCAUCACAGUCAUCCUCAACAUCUUCAUCACAGCCUUCGGCGUGCAGAAGACUGGCCUCUACCCUAACAGGAAUUUUGGACCUUAUUAAUUCAUGGGGCAGUGGAUUCAGGUAAGAAAGGGGUCUGAGCAGUGCAGCUCUCCUCCACUGACCUCAGCAGGAGCCCAUGGACCAAUGCAGAGAUCUGGGUUCAAUUCAAACCUCUGUGUGUGUCACAGCACACCAGCCCCUUACUGCAAUGCUUCUGCAGCUCUGGGGGCUGGGAGCGCUGCCUUUCCCAGCUACAGCAAACUUUGCAAGAGAGAACUGCAGGAACAGCAGCAGGUGUACCUUGUAAAAGUGCAGUUCUGUAAAUCUCUCCUUAUUUUAGCUGCCUGCUUCACAUAUUCAAUAUUGGCUCAUUUGCUAGAGAAAACUGAAUUAUUUACUUUGUAGGCUAAAGAAAUAAACCCAGUCUUUUUUUUUU